AUGAUGAAGAAAACAAUAGAGACCGUCUCUGCCUAUUCAAGAGAAGGGUACUCAGAAGAAUCCUCAAUACAAAGUGUCCUGCAAGAUGGAGAUUAUAUCAUGUUGGGAAAUCUCAAACUAUGUAAACGCGAUUUACAAGCAGCAUUGAUGGACUCAAUUGUUGUGCAACAGCCCUAUACACCUUCUGUGUGUAGUAAAUUUGCGAACCCUGGUCCUAUGGGCUUAUGUGCAUUUGGAAUUACAUCAUUAACCUUGUGUUGUUUUCAUGCUGGUAUUGGAGGGGUGGAAAUUCCAAAUGCAGUACUUGGGUUAGCUUAUUUCUAUGGUGGUAUUGUUCAACUAUUAGCUGGUCUAUGGGAGUUUUUUGUUGGUAAUACAUUUGGUUGUACUGCUCUAACUUCAUUUGGUACUUUUUGGCUAUCUUGGGCAGCAAUUUCCACUCCAGCGUUUGGAAUUAAAGAAGCUUAUGCAGCGGACCCUGAGCAAUUGAGAACGGCAACGGCAUUGUUUUUAACAGGUUGGGCUAUUUUCUCAUUCAUGCUUACUACACUAACAUUUAAAUCUUCCAUUGCGUUUACUAGUUUGUUUGCUUUCUUAACACUUACAUUUAUACUAUUAGCAGCUCAUGACUUUACUGGAAUUUCAGAAGUUGGCGUAGCCGCUGGUAUCAUUGGAAUUAUUACUUCAUUUCUAGCUUUAUACAAUGCCUUUUCUGGAGUUGCAAAUAAACAAAAUUCAUAUUUUGGCGCAAAGGUUAUACCUUUGAACCAGAACUGA